AUGGCACCCAACACCAAGGCAUCGGCCAAGAAGGCACAGAAGGUGACGAAGAAGUUCAUCAUCAACUGCAGCCAGCCCGUCAACGACAAGAUCUUCGACAUCCAGGCCUUUGAGAAGUUCCUCCACGACCGCAUCAAGGUCGAGGGCCGCACCGGUAACCUCGGCGAGGUCAUCCAGAUCUCCCAGCAGGGCGAUGGCAAGAUCGAGGUCAUUGCUCACCAGGAGUUCUCCGGCCGCUACCUGAAGUACCUCACCAAGAAGUUCCUCAAGAAGCAGCAGCUCCGUGACUGGCUCCGCGUCGUUUCCACCUCCAAGGGUGUUUACGAGCUCCGCUUCUUCAACGUCGUCAACGACGAGGCUGAGGAUGACGACGAGUAA